AUGUUUGUCCAUUCACGACCGUUGAUUGUACAGAGCUGUCUCUCGCAUAGCUGCGUCGCCGCUUGGCUGUACGUGCAUAGCCACCCUGGCUUGCGUGUGUCAAUAUAACACAAGCCGGCGCAGGUGAGCUUCCUCCCUCUCUUUCUCUCACUCGACGGCGACAACGGGCGGAUGAGAGAAAGUUUCCUGUAAUUGCCUUCCCCGUCUUUGUCGCUGUCCGCAUCUCCGACUCAAGUCCGGCCUGCAAGCUCAGUUCAACUCGCAGCUGCACAGGGUUAGUGAUUUUUAUUUAUUAAUAUUGGGACGAUGUCCGACGCACAUCAGCCACCUGUAUUUUUGUCUUCCUUGCUUCGCCUAGCUUGCGGCUGAGAUGCGCCUGGGAUUCCCCACGGACGCGAAGCCCUCGCCAAAUGUCUCGACAUGUCUCCGAUGUCUUGAAUCCUGACUCGGCCGGUGCAAUCCACUAGACAUUUGUCGGGAAAUAUCACAAAGUCCACUACUGAAAUCCCAAGAGCCUCAUUUUCACACAAUCUGGGAAAGGCAUUCACCAACGGGUGCAUACGGCAUGGCAUGUUCACAGUGCGAGGACAAUAAAUUAUGGAGAGGGCUGCGCGCGAAACCAGCACGAACCUAGCUAGUACCCCAUCGAUACAUGAAAUUUCUCGACUGAGUGAGUAAGUGAGAGCUUCAGUCAAACCAGAUAUAUGCACAUGAGACACAUCUCUCACAACGCCAACUGCACCCUCGCCCGACGCCGGCCAUCGUGAAAGCCUUUCUCGAACUGCAUCUCACACCACAAUGGCGCACACGUCGUCCCCCGCUCUCUCGGACCUCAUCUUCCCCACGACCGCCAACCACAACUUCUCCCACAUCCUGACGGACCUCAAGCGCGCCAACCUGUCCGUCGCGAACCGGCUGCGGUCCAUUGCCCUGGAUGCCGACUUCGUGCGCGGGGCCGCCGCCUCCUUUGGCGACCGGCCCCUCGUCGCCAACGAGCGCUGCGGCAGCUGGUACGUCCGCCCGGCCGACAAGCGCGGGAGCGCCUACUUCAAGAGCACCGACGGCCACACCAACGCCUGGAAGUUCAGCACCCGCCGCCUCAACCUGCACCUGCUCGAGCUGAUCGGGAAGCAUGACGGAUGCAUCAUCGUCGACUCGACACGGCGAGGCAAGAGAAUGCCCGACGCGUUGAGCAAAACUAUCCCGGUCUGGUGCACCGUCCUCAACAUGGCCCUUUUCCCCGACCUCCCCCACGCGGACCGCCUCUUCACCCCUCCCAACGUCGUCUCCGCCUCGGAGCACGCCCAGAUCGCCGCCCUUCUGCCCUCCUUCCUCGCCUCCCUCAAGGCCCUCGAGAUCGACCUCGCCCCGCUGCGCGCCCACCUCUCCAAGCCCCUGCGGCCCUUCUGGGUGACCCAGGAGACGCACCUCGCCGCGGAUACCCCCGUCGGAGCUGCCGUCUUUGACGACUACCACCCCGUCAUCUGCUGCACCUCGUCGCGCCGCGUCGCCGGCGCCGAGAUGAGCGAGGCCGGCUACAUCCAGGGCGCCGGCGACGACACGGAGAACUGGGCCAUGGGGCUGACGGCCGACGUCUUCUGGGAGAACGCCAACGCCCUGCUCUCCGCCCCGGAGGCCGAACUCCCGGACGUCAUCGCCCGCCUCGUCGCCGAGAAGAAGCGCAACGCCCCGCGCGGCGUGGCCCCCAAGCGUGUGGCGCCGCGCAUCCUCGUGUGUCCCCUGCCCUUAGAUGACGAUGACAACGGCGGCACGGCGCGGUGCGUGGUCGUACUCACACAAGACGUCACGCCACCGGGGUCGUGGGUAAAGUCCUCGAGUCGCAUGGAAGUCGGCCUGGGGAAGCACAAGGUCGCCAGCCGCAACCUGCGACAGGCGUUGCCAGACAUUUGCUCCUUUGUCUCCCGUUAUCUCGACGCGCACCAGGAUGCCGACGGGGCUGCGGGCGAUGUUCUCUUCGCCUGUGAGACGGGCAAGGACCUGUCCAUCGGCUCCGCGCUGGCCGUCUACUGCUGGUGCUUCGAUCAGAACGGCAAGCGCCGCGUGGCCGACUCCAAGACCUUCUUCAACAAGGACAUGAUCCGGGUCAAGCUCGGCACCAUCAUGACGGCCUUCCCCGAGGCGAACGCUAACAGGGCAACGUUGCAAAGUGUUAACAGUUUUCUCAUGGACCACCGGAGAUGAAGUGAGCGUCUUCUCUUUUUAUUCGAAAAUAUUAAACCGAGAGUCUACCUAUAUUUAAGGCGCUUGCUUAUGGAGCACCCGCGAGCUAGAGUGCUAGCUACUAUAUGAACAUCGAGGGAGGAGAGAAGAAUAAGAAAGAACGAAAGAGGGAGGGGGGUGUAUACACCCCUCACACAACGGUCCGUCUCACAGAGACGGCGACGGGUUCUGUACCCCGGCUAGUCAGGCACUCCCGCUCUCGAUCUUGGCCAGGGCGUCAGGGAACUCGCUCCAGUCUCUCAUGACGAUGACGGCGCCGGCGUCGCGCAAUACCUUUUCCAUCUCGUCCUGCUUGUCAACGGCGUAGGGGCCAACGUAGCCGAUGACCUUGAUGCCGGCGCGGGUACCGCUGAGGGUGCCGCUCUUGGAGUCUUCGAUGGCGACGCACUCUUCGGGCUUCUUGCCGAGCUUCUCCAUUGCAAAGAGGUAGAUGGCCGGGUCGGGCUUGCUCGUGGGCUUGGGAAGCGAGGUGGCGGCGCUGAAGACGACGUCCUCCUUGAAGUACUUGUCCUGGCCGACCUUGACGACCGAGGCCCAGACGCGGCGCUUGGCCGAGGACGAGACGACGGACAUGGUGUACUUGCCGCUCUUCUGCAGGGCCUCGAGCUGGUCGUCGACGCCGGGGCAGGGCUUGAGGGCGGCCUUGAGCUUGGCAAUGACGGCGUCCUCCUCGCGCGUCACGUACGUCUCGAGCUCCUCGGGGGUCAUCUCGAAGCCGUGCAGCUUCGAGAGGCCGAGCAUCAUGCCGCGGAAGUUUUGGCCGACGAACUCCUUGAUCAGGGUCUCGCCUGUGAAGCGCUGCUUGAGAUUGCGGCCCUCGCAGAUCUCGUUGAUCAGGUCGGCGCACGCCUCGAACGCCAGCUCCUCGGAUAGCACAAGCGUGUUGUCGCAGUCGAACAGGAGGGUGGUGAUCUGGGGGGGCGGGGUGGUGUCUGUUAGUCUCAAUCGGUCUGCGGACUGGUGAGUAGGUUUUGCGAGGCUCGACUCACCUGAGGCAUGUUGGCGGUAUUCACGGAUGAUAUCCCGACGAGGUGGAGGGCUGUCUGCGGAGAGCGGGGUUCACUGGGCUACAGAAAACAGUCGAGAGUGUAGCAAACAAAAGACUUGUUGUCGUACGAGACCAAUUGGCUAGUUAAAGUACAGGCACAAUGAGCUGAUGCUGACAGUGAGAUUGAAGUCGAGGGUUGGGUUGGAAAUGGAGGAGGGAGAAAAGGAAGAAAAAGUGUCAAAGGCACUGGAAAGCCGAUGAGUGAAAUAAAGGGAAAACCAAACGAAAACCGGGCUUGGAAUCAGUUAGCCUUUUCUCCAAGCCAGCCCGCGUACUAAUCGGCAAGUCCCUCCAAGCCAGCCCUUCGUUUUCGUCGUCCCGACGAGUCCAAUGGCACUUGCGGUAAAACCCUCUUGAGGGGGAAGUGGUCUUACACAGGUACCUACCUCCGUACCUACCACCAUGCCCCCUUCCCUGCCGCUCUCUUCAAAGCACGGGCGCCCCACUAAUACCUUUUUACUACCCCUCCCCCUCCUUUUCCAC